UUUGUCCUUGAUCAGUGGAAGCAUCAAGGUCGAUGAUAACGCCGAGAAGAAAGAAACUGUCCCGGAGAAGAUCAUCUCUAACAGUCAGUACGUGGAGAUGUACCGGCGGAUCUCCGGGCUGGAACAGACCGUCAACACCCUGAGAGCCAGCGUCGGAGGCGGCCAAGAACCGUCAGGCAUCCGGGAAGCCAUCUCACAACUCAGGAACAGGGUAAUGAACCUGGAGCGACAAGUACAGGCAGGCGCCGGGCGAGGCAGUGGAGGCGGGAAUUUCGCGCCCGCCAGUGCGUUGGACCAGGCGGUGACCCGGCUCGAGCGGAUGGAACAGGCGCUGUCGGUGGUGCAGGGCCAGCUCGGAUCGGCAGGGGGCGGUGCUGACGCGGGGGGACUCCGGCAGCUGAGGGAGAGAAUCACGGACGUGGAGAACAACAUCAACCGCAUCCGCAGCCAGGUCGUCUCCACUGGCAGUCAGAGCAUCUCUACUAGCGAGAUCACCGACCUACAGCUGAAGGUCAGUGCCCUGGACGACACGUUCCGGUCUUACCAGCCCCUGCUUCUCAAACUCUCUGACGUGGACACGCGACUGAGAGACUUGGAAACCUCCGGUACCCAGGGUUCCGGCCCUGACGUGGGCACGGCAGUGGUCAGCCGUAUCCGCACCCGCAUCGGCCGCUUGGAGCAGGGCAUGUUCGGGCGGAUUCUAUCGGGGUACAGCAGGGAUCCAGUCAGUAACAAGAUGAAACAGCAGAUAGACAAAAACAGGGGGUUGAUAGAAAGCUAUACAACUCUUGUACCGGAGGUACAGGUGCUGCAAAGGCAGAUGGACCGGGUUCAGAGCAACAGUAACCGCCACGCCAAGUCUAUCGCGGAGCUUCAGGAUCGCACGGAGACCAUGUCCCAACAAAUCAACGAACUGGACGGCUUCUACCGGCAGAGCCGUCUGCGGGGAUCGUUUAGCUCCGUCCGGGGAGGGGCUGUGAACACGACGGAGCUGAGGAAGCUGCGGCUGGAGUUGAACGCCCUGCAGGGCAGCGUGUUCAGGCUGCUGGAGUCGGCGAACCGUAUGGACGACCUGGAGGAGAAGAUGAGUACUAUGGAGCUGACGGUACUUGGCGCGGCCACGCAGGUGACGAAGACCGAGGUGGACCAGAUCCGCACGGCGGUGGGGAAACUGCAGGACGAGACGCUGCAAUGGGGCGACGACUGGAGUGAAGUGCAGACAAGGUUGGCAGAUGUGGAGCUGCGCGUACGCACAAUGAAAGGCACAGUGGACAUCCUGGAGACGAAGAGCAUCCGGCCGCCGGACCCUGUACCGGACAACAAGCUGACUGAGGAGUCGGCACGAGAACUCGCCUCAGUCACAGAAAACAUGGCGACCGUGCAGCUGAAGGUAAAUUCGAUGGAGAAUCUUAUAACAGAGUACGUCUCCAAGGUGACAGGACUGGACAUCAAAAGCAGCAGGAUCCAUGAAGUCAUGGCCUCACAGUCCAACCUGAUACAAGACCUGGAUGAUAAGACCAGAGACAUGUGGGACUCGGUGGAGACUGCCAGGCAGGACGUCAUCAGAGUCAAACGCGACAUGCUCACUCUUCAACAGAAGAUGAAGUUCCAGACUAGUCUGGUAUCGAAGCUGAAUGCGUCGCUAGGCAACCAGAACUCUGCCAUGUCUCAGCUGUUUAACAACAUGGACGUCCAGAACAACCAGAUCUCGGACUUCGAGCGGUCGCUGGGAGACCAGAAGGCUUCUAUGUCCCAGAUACAAUCGUCUCUACAGAACUCGGCUACCCUGCUGUCGCGGCUUGCAGAGAAAGUGGACAGUCUGGAGGCGAACCAGCCCAGGAGAGGGUCGAUCUCAGGAGCCGGUCUGAUCCCCGUGUCGGCUCAGAGAGAGGUUCGAGACCAACUCAACCCUAUCAAACGGACGAUGUCCAACCACACCCGACAGCUCUUCGAGAUGCGGCAGUCGGUUGACGACAUCAGGCGGCUGCUCCGUUCCCAUAGCGACGAGAUGACGCGUCUGAGUAACACGGAGGGCGAGAUGAGCGGCAGACUGGCCAAACAGAUGACCAUGAUCCUCAACCUGGAGAGCUCCAGUCAGUCCUACAGCAAGUCUGUGUCAAAACAAAGAGAUUCCAUUGACCAACUCAAAGGUCAAGUGAAGAGCCACGACAAGACGUUAGGAAAGCUGCGCCAGUCUUCCGCCACCCAGGACGUGGGCAUCCAGAACCUCCAACAGAUCGUGAACGGGCACACCAUCCAGAUGCUGAACACCAGCAGCAUGCUGGGGAACCACAGCCGGCAGCUGGACGUGCUGAAGGGCGCCUCGUACAAGCUGGAGCUGGACAUCAAGAACCACAGCAGGGUGCUGGGGCAGCUGGAGCUCAGGGAUGAUAACAUGGAGGACAGGAUGUCAGACCAGGCACUAAACCUGGGCCGGCUGCGCUCGAACCUCCAGACCCUACAGCGGGAGACGUACACUUUGCUGUUGUCUUACCGUACAUUGAGAGACUUAUUUAUGAUUACACACACUUUGUGGUGUGUGGCACUAAACCUGGGCCGGCUGCGAUCGAACCUGCAGACCCUCCAGCGGGAGACGUACACGCACUUCGCCGAGUACGAGCAGCUGGCCUCCAGCAUCGACAACCUGGACGGAAGUUACGUCACCAAGUCCGAGCUGAGGAAGAAGCUGUUUGAAAUCGACAGCGUCACAAAGAAUCAGAACAGCAGCAUACUUCUCCUGCAGCGGGAAAAUAGGGAGCAGUUCUCAGUCCUAGAUAAACACAGCCUGUUCAUACGAGAUGUCCGCAAUCUUCUGGAGGAAAAGGCCGACGUGUCAAACAUCAUGGACAUAAUACAGCGCGAGGCCAGAGGAGACCUGAUGCGGCUCCACAACAUGACGGAGGCGCACUCGGAGGAGAUCCGGGCCCUCCAGGACGCGCGGGACCAGCACAGCGACGGCAUCUACAAGGCGCAGACCUCCCUCACGUCUGUUGGGGAUGACAUCAGGAUCCUGCGGGAGGACCUCAGCGCCGUGGAGAUCACCAUGACCAGCCAUACGGACAGCCUAGGCAGACUGGCUACACUAGCUUCCACUGCUACGGACGGCCGCCAGCAGCUGAACCUAACAGUACUGGAACUGGACCGGAAAACCAGGAAACACAGCGAAACUCUACAGGCCCUCGGCAGAAUCGUGUCCGUUUUAGAGAGCAUAUCAGAUAACCACGAGGCGACCAUCCGUGACCAGGACACGGGCCUGACGUCACUGAAAGUGGAGGCUACCCGCACACAGAGGGCUCUACAGAACCUCACCAAGACCGACAUACUGCUGGAAAAACGAGUCGGACGACUUAGGACCACGCAGAUUGAGCACAAUGCUGCCAUAUCCCGCCUGAGUCUGCAGACAUCCACUGUGGAGACGUCCCUGAGUGAACAGUACAACACCAUCGCAGACCUCAAACUGGAGGAUGUAGAGAUCAAGGACUCCGUCGUGCAGGUUGCUGUAGCGUUGGGUAAAAUGAACGACACCGUCAUCGAACACUCACGAGACAUCCGGGGUCUUCUAGAGACCUCGACGUCCGAGCGUAGCCGCGUGUCGAACUUCGAACGUGUCCUGAGCACCCAGAUCGAGGCCAUCAGUAGCCUGGGGUCGUCCGUCCAGAACUACACCACUCUGAACGCCUUCCUGUCCAGCCGGCUCAGAAUAGAGAACCAGCUAUACGAACUUGGCAAUGGACUCCUGUACGUCAACAACACGCUGUACAACUACGCCCGCCGGCUGCAGGGCAUGGAGAACGAGUACUCCAGUAGCCGCCGCAGACUCUCCCAGCACAACGCCGACCUGAAAGAACUCAAAUCGUUCGAGACACGAGCAGAGAAGGACAUCGAAGACCAACUGAACAUGAUCUACAGAAUAGAAGAGGACCUCGACAGCGUCGACUAUGUAGUGAACAACCAUGUGAACAUCAUAGAAGAGUUAGAGUCGACUACAGGGAAUCACUCCAGCCUGUUGUUAGGUCUAGAAAACAAAGCACGCUACAUAUCUGCUGACAUCAUCAGCCUGGACAGCUCGCUGAAGAAGCAGGGUGACGCCAUCUCUCGUCUGACCAACACCACGACCCUGCAGGCCGACAACCUGGCGCAGGCGACCGAGACAUCACGAAAACUCAGGCUGUCCAUCAGGAACAACACGGAGGCGAUCGGCGGAGUUGGGCGACGAGUUCAACAGGUUACCCAGCUCGUCAAGAGCAACACGUUGAAAAUAUCGUCCUUGGAGCAGAAGGACUCCCAGUUCGAGAGUGACAUCUCCGGGCUGGACCUGCUCCUGUCUCAGGGACAGCGGCAAACUGAUGAGCUGGAGGAGAGAGUGAGGGAGCUGACUGUUGAUGACAGUUUCCUGCGGACGCGGCAGAACAGGUUUGCUGGUGAGAUGUUCUCCCUCAACAACACACUGCUGCGGCUGCGCAAGGACCAUCGGGAGCUGGAGGACAUCGUCUCGCGCCUGCGCACCGUCUCCACUGUCCGACACGUCAUCAUGGAGGAGCAGUUCCGCAACAUCACCGACAGGACUGCCGUUAACCGUCAGAUGAUCGGAGGACUAAACUAUUCCAUUGGGGAGCUGGACGCCACCCUGGAGAAUCAAGGCAACUUUAUCGACCAGCUGAAAUCGGAGCUCUCUGCCCACGACCGCCGCUUGAACACCAACGACAGACGGAUCAUCAUCCAGGGCAGCUCCAUAGAGAAGCUGCAGUCCAGAGCCUCCGAUCUGGGGAAGUCUUUCACCACGGCGGGACAGGCAAUAACGGACCUGAGAACUGAUGUGGAGGGGACCUUCAACAACCUCAACAUUAGGACACAGACAGAGUUCAAGCGGCGUGACUCAGCAAUAGGAAACCUGACGCAGGACAUCCGUAACCACACCACCGAGCUGAGGAACCUGCAGGAGGUGGACAGACAACUGCGGCAGGAGGACGGGCGUCUCAGGGACCUGCUGGGAGAGUACCUCACGGUCAUCAACAGGCACGAGACGGGCCUGAGCGAGCAGAGUAACCGCAUCUCGUACCUGCGGACCCUGAUCCGGACUCAGCAGGCUCUGACCGGUAACCACACCCAGGCUCUCACCAGGCUCAAGAUCCGAGACAGGAUACUGGAGAACGCUAUCGACGAGAUCAAGCUGGUGUUCCUGCCUAAUGACGCUAAUGGAUUAGGUAACAACCUCCUGAGUUCGGCCAGUGACCUGCGCAACCCCUUCACACAGAUCACCCGACUGGAGGACAAGCUGGACACCAUCUCCACGUCUGUCACACAACAAUCUCGUGACAUCACACAGCUAGAGGAGGCUAGCGCUCUGGUUAAGGACGACCUGUAUGAACACGUGGCCCAGUACCAGAAGUCGGACCGCCGUCUGUCAACCGCCGUCAGCAGGCUGGAGGAGCAUGUCGGGAACGUCCGCAACGUCACCAGGGAACAGGACACCAAGCUGUACCAACUCGAGAGUUUAGGCGAGAUGUUGGAGAGUGUACUCAACGACAACAUCAACACGGUCUCGGACAUCCAGACCCGCAUCAGUAACAUCGGGGACGACAUCAGGGAACAGAACGUCACACUGCAGGACUUCCAGUACAAGAUGGGCCUGUUGGACAAAAAGGACAUAGAUUUGAACAGACUGAUCAGCGUGUUACAAGUCCAGCACAGGAAGCAGGAGAGCACGCUGGUGGAGCACACCGCCAGUCUGUCCGGCCUCGCCCGCCGCGCCAGGAACCACGAGAACUCCAUCCGGUCUGUGGAGGAGCUCAACCAGUACUUCAAACAGAAAUCGGACCAACACACUGAGCAAAUAGACGAGCUAAAGGUGGAGGUCGGCACGCUGAGUGGCAAGGUCGAUCGUACCGAGAAGACCCUGCUCGGCAAGAGUGCAGAACUGGCAGUGUUACUCAAGGAAAAUGUGGAGGCAACUUUGGAGACCUACGCGUCGGAGAUUACGGACUGGGUUUCCAGACAGGGUCAGUUGGAGCUUCAGGUCGCCGAGCAAAACGACACCAUCCUCAGCCUGGAGGCUCGGACCAGCCGACUGCAGGCCAACUCCAGAGACCAUUCUAAGGACCUGCAGAAGCUCGUACCUCUCUCAGAUGAUCUACGCAAGGACAUGAACCGAGCACGUAUAGACCUAAUCGACUUGGAAAGAAGCGGGAAGAAGGCGAUGUCGCGAGUGGAGAGACAUGCUGAGGAGAUCUCCAACCUGCAGGACAAGACAGAUCAGCAAGGGGGCAUGAUUAACGACCAGGCGACGAACAUCAAUACCCUUACCCUUGAACAAAGAAACUUCCGCAGUGCGAUGAACAACAGGACAGCAGACAUCUUGGAUUUGCGGAGACAGAUUCAACUGCUUGAGGCAGGGGACGAGGGUCUGAGAGGAGGGCUACAGCAGGUCGCUUUUAACCUGAACCAGGGCAUGCAGGCGGCCCAGCGCGCCACCCAGCGCCUGGAGGCGUCCAUGUACAACCAGACCAACACGGUGUACAGCAUCCGGACCAUGACCAACAGUAUCCGGAACGAACUGGCUCGCAAGGCCCGGCAAGAGACGCGGGGAGAACGACAGCUGGACCUGAAGAUGGGCCUGUUCCAGCGUACACUAGCGGAGAAUACGGACUCUAUCCGUGAGCAGCGUGUGAAGAGUGACGACCAGGAGAGACAUAUCCUCCGUCAGUCGGACGUGCUACAGAAGCUGCAGGGCUCCACCUCCCAGUUCCAGUCCAAGAUCGGCAACCAGAGCGUCUGGCUCCAGAAGAUCCAGAGCAAGACGGACCAGCUCAGCAGCACGUUCGAGAACCUCCGGAAGCAGUUUAACGGGGUGGAUCUGAAGGCCGAGCGUGUGCAGCAGGGCCUCAACAAUCAGACUGUAGCCCUUCAGCAGUUUGAGUUCCGCUUGAGUGACAUCGAGAGCAGCUCCGUGGAUGAUGGCGGUGUCGCCAAUCAGCUGAACGCAAAGAUCCUUGCGCUGAAGUCCAGCAUCGCGCAGGACCUGCAGGAGAUCCAGAGUCAGGUGGAGGAGAUCCAGAGCAACGCCGGGGACCUGCGCACUCUGGUCGGCAUGCACCAGCGCCUCAAGCUGGAGGUACGGCAGGUCAACCAGCUCUUCACACAGCAACGCGGAACCAUCGGGAGAAUAAUCCAGAAGAACCAGCAACUGGAGCGACAGAUCGAGACCCAGGACGAGUCGAUGACGGAGAUGGACACCAUCCUGUACCGCCUGGAGCAGGACAUGGAGCAGCUCAAGCGCGACGCCAGGCGGCGGCCAUCACCACCGCAGGCCGAGCAGUCCCGCAGCAUCGACACUGAAACAGACACUGAACUAGACUCCAGUCAGGAUCAGCCUCCAUCCAGCACCUUGUCACUGGAACAGGUCGUUGACCUGCUAAGAAGAGGUCGUAGGUCAACCGGAGGUGAUCCCGAUUCUCAGACCACGUCUCUGACAGAAUCAUGGGAAAAGAUGAACGAUAGCAUCGCAGACCUUCUACAGAAUCACCAACAGGACUUGACAGAGGUUGUCGACGCCAUGAAACUGUUCAGGACCCAGGCGGAAAGUCUGAUGGACAAAGACGAGAAGUUGGAGAGGCUGUACGAGUCUCUGGCUAAGAAGGUGGCGACUCUGGUGGCCGUGCAGAAGAAACGUGAAGGCACCAUGGGUAACAGGGCUCUGUCCAGACAGAUGUUCAAAAUGGAGGCAUCUCUGCACGACACUUAUGAUGUCAUAGGGAGGAUAGACCAACAGGUAAUCACACUGGAUUUGACUUCAGUAGGAUCCAAAAUUUAG